AUGUCGACCCCCGUGGACGAAACCAAAGCUCCCCAUUACCCCGAAGAGAAGAAGAAGGAAAAAGAGGGCAACGAUGUCUCCCCCACUUCGGACGAUGGCACUUACGUCCAUGAAGGCUCCAGAGACAAUCUGACCGACCAUCUCAAGGUAGAUACCUCGUACGCAGACGAUGACAUUGGUGGUCUCCGCUCUCCCUCGGCCGCCCGAGAGCAGGCCAUGCGUCUCGAAGAUGACCUAGCCUUGCUCGAGGCCGAGCGUGUCGCCUCCAAGUCGACCCAUGACGAUCGUGAGACUCAAGGGGAAGAGAGUCACUCCAUCAGUCGUACGCGCUCUCAUCGAUCUCAGCCUGUCGAUGAAUUCGAUGAGGCCACCAACCCAUUGCACGAGAAGGCCGCCGUGUAUAACCCCCCGGAGAACCCCAACACCAAGCUCGCCAAGUUCAUCAAGAAGCUACACAACUCCAGCUUCAUCGUUCGCUAUGCUACUUACAUCAUACCCGUCGUUAUCCUCCUGUUGAUCCCUCUUCUCGUUGGUGCUCUGGCUUUCCCCGACGCAAGCGUUGGGGGGGUCAAACUGCUAUGGUUCUCCGUCUGGUUGGAAAUCGUUUGGUUGACUCUUUGGGCAGGAAGGAUCGUCUCCAAGUGUAUCCCUGUCCCUGUAGGCGUUCUUGCCAGCAUUUUCACCAACAAUGGAAAGAAAUGGCGCGACUUGGCGAAACAGCUCGAGCUUCAUGGAACUAUCUUCUUUUGGUGGUUGGGAGUGGAAAUCUCCUUCCUGCCAACCAUGAAAAACCACCACGUUGAUGGCGAUAAGGCCACCAGAAGCUGGGAGAACACAGUCAACAAGAUCAUCAUCUCUAUCUUUGUCUGGACCAUUCUGAACCUCAUCGAAAAGUUCAUUAUACAGCUCAUCGCUAUCAGCUUCCACCUGCGCACAUACGCCGAUCGCAUCGAGAUCAACAAGUUCCAGAUUGGAAGCUUGGUCAAGCUGUACGAUUUCUCCAAGGCUAAGAUCGAAGCUGCCGAUGACGAGUUCGAAGAGAAAGGGGAGGCCUCUGGCACUGGUGCUAAGACUCCGCUGCGCUAUGCUAAGGGUGCUGGACGUGUAGCCAAGGGAGCUUUGAACAAGGUCGGCGAUGUAGCUGGGGCUGUCGCCGCUGAUUUUACUGGCCGCAAAGCAACCAACAGCAGUCACCCCUAUUCCGUUGUUCUGACUCUCCUGCGAACCACAAGUGGCUGCCAGGUCCUGGCUCGCCGUCUUUACCGUACCUUUGUGCGGGAUGGGUUUGACACCGUCUUCUCGGGUGACUUGAAGGAAGCUUUUGACAACAACGAUGAGGCCGACGCCGCCUUUGUCAUGUUCGAUAAGGACAUGAACGGAGACAUCUCUAUGGAGGAGCUUGAGGCUGUUUGUGUAGAAAUCGGUCGUGAACGCAAGUCCAUCACCGCCUCGCUGAAGGAUCUCGACUCGGUCGUUGGUCGCCUGGACAAUGUCCUGGAAUUCUUCGUCAUCGUCAUUUCUUUGAUUGUUUUCUUGUCUUUGAUCUCGACCUCGGCCGCCGGUGUGCUCACCUCUGCGGGCUCCAGUGUCCUCGCCCUGUCCUGGCUUUUCUCCGCCACUGCGCAGGAGUUUCUCCAGUCAGUCAUCUUCGUCUUCGUCAAACACCCUUUCGACGUUGGGGACCGUGUCACCGUCUACGGUAACUCGGGUGAUGCUGGUCUGGGUGAUGACUAUUUCGUCAAACAGAUCUCCUUGCUCUACACUGAGUUCAAGAAGAUGCAAGGCCACGUUGUCCAAGCCCCCAACACUUACCUGAAUGGACUAUUCAUUCUCAACCAGCGCCGUUCAGGUGCCUUGGCUGAGGCUGUUCCCAUCGUCAUCAAGUACGGCACCACACUCGAUCAGAUCGACGCCCUUCGGCAACGCCUGCUCGAGUUUGUCCGCAGUGAACAGCGAGAAUUCCAGACUAACAUCCUCACUGAAUUGCGCGCUGUUACCGAUAACUUCUCCAUCACGCUCAACGUUGUCUUCUUCUACAAAUCCAACUGGCAGAACGAAGGCCUGCGUCUUCAACGCCGCAACAAGUUCAUCUGCAUGCUUAUGAUCGCCCUGCAGGAGAUCGGCAUCGAGGGACCACGCAUGAACCUCCAGGGUGCCGGUGUCGACAUUCCCUUCCAUGUCAACUGGCACGGCGCUGGUGGUAACGCCAUGCCUACCCAACCCAUCGUGCCCCCCGGUAGCAGCGGCGAGGACAGGCCCCAGUCCAGCGGUGAUAGGAGCGUCACCACCUCCCUUCCCGAGAGCGCCAACACAAACAGCGCCAUGCGUCACCCCUCCAUCCUUCGCAAGGGCAUGAACACCGCUGCUGCCCGCGCUCGCGGCGACUCAGUCGCCUCCCGUAAACACGUCGACUUCUCUCUUGGCAUGCGCGACGUCUCCUCAGCCGACGUGAUGGGCGAUGUCUUCGAAGACCGCGGUAACCGUAUCGAUGAAGUCGUCCGCCAAACCAACCGUGAAGCUGCUGAACGUCGCAUCCAAAAAGUAGAGGAGGAGGAAGAAGAAGAACGCAGGAGCCGCACAUCGUCCCGUAACCGCCGCCACUCCAACAAUACCAACCUCAGCGUCCCCUCCAACGACGCAAUUGGCCGUCGAUCCGUGGAAUCCCAGGGCGCCAACAGUAUCUCCUCCAUCGGCCGAAAUCGCUUCUUCCGUCAUCGCAGCAACGCCAGUCGUGAGCAGGACGACAUGAUGGAACAAGGGCGUUCCAAUUCUCAGAUCCGUGCCGUUUCGCCCGGUGACGCCAGGAGUGUUGAUCAGCAUUCCGCGCACCAACACCAUCAAUAA